AAGAAGUGGGAAUUGUUUGCUGUCCAAAUAAGUAAAGUUUGUUGAAGUUUGGCCGCACUUGAGUGUGAAAGUGGCCAACCCAACCCAAACCCCAACCUCUUUCCUUUCCAUCUCCUCUUUUUUUCUCAUCAUAAUCAUUGUGAAAGCUUAAACACCUCUCCUCUCCUCUCCUCUCCUCCUCAAUAUUUUUAUUAUUACUACUAUUAUUUAUAAAUCCCACAAAAGGUGAAAGGUAGGCAAAGAGGAAAAGGAAGAAAAUUCACACAAGCAAGCGAAUCCCAAUUCAAACCUCUCUAAAGUCUGAAGUCUUGGAGAGAGAAAGCUUGAUCAAAUAAGAGAGGCAUAGUUGUUACUGAGUAUUAAAUUAUCACUAAUACUAAUAAUAUGAUAUUAAAUAUUAAACAGAGGAAUAGAAUUGUUUGUCAAAAGCCACGACGGACGGAAAGGUGGGAACAGAACAGGGCAAGAAGGCACUAGGUGAGGGGGUGCAGAGCUGGAGAAGAAGAAGAAGAAGAAGAAGGAAGGAGGAGGUAUAACAGCCCCAAUCCUCAAAUACCCACAUCUCAAUUCUCUCUCUUUCCUUCUCUCCCUCUUCUUGCUUUGCUAUCCCUUUUACCAGCUUUUUCAAGCCACAGCUCUCUCUUCAACUAUUUUAUUACAUCAAAGCUGCUAGCUAGGGAGUAACACUAAUGCUACGAAUAUGGGAAAGAAAGGAAGUUGGUUUUCUGCAAUCAAGAGGGCUUUUACACCCCACUCCAAGGAGAAGCUAGUAAAUGAUUCUGAGAAGAAAACCAGCAAGGAAAAGAAGAAGAAGAGUGUAGGGAAGCUUAGGCAUGGAGACACCAAUUCCUUCAUUCCACUUUUCAGAGAGCCUAGCAGCAUUGAGAAAAUCUUUGGGGAUUAUGAAAGAGAGCAACAAAGAGUAACCUUGAGGACUCCUUUAUCCCCUGAGGAACAGCCCAAAACUUCAUCUUUUGGGCCGCCUCCAAGAGUUGCUACUCCCAGAGCUGCUUCUCCAAGGGUCGUAUCACCUCGGGUUGCUUCUCCUAGAGCUCCUUCUCCAAGGGCUCCAUCUCCCAGAGCUGUUUCUCCUAGACCUCCAUCCCCCAGAAUUGUACACCACCAUAGGGAGAACAGCUACAGACCUGAACCUACUCUAAGGCACCAUCAUGCUUCGGCUACUAAGAUCCAAGCAGCCUAUAGAGGUUACACGGCUAGAAGGAGCUUCAGAGCUCUUAAGGGGUUGGUGAGGCUUCAAGGAGUGGUGAGAGGACAGAGUGUGAAGCGCCAGACGUUGAAUGCCAUGAAAUAUAUGCAGCUCUUGGUGCGUGUCCAGUCGCAGAUUCAGUCAAGGAGAAUCCAGAUGUUAGAAAACCAAGCAAGACGUCAAGCUCAAUAUAAAAAUGACAAGGAAGCAGACAGUAUAUUUGGAAAAUGGAAUUCGGAGACAGGCAAUGAUGAUUGGGAUGAUAGUGUGUUAACAAAGGAGGAAAUAGAAGCAAGGAUGCAGAGAAAGGUUGAGGCACUUGUCAAGAGAGAAAGAGCAAUGGCAUAUGCAUAUUCUCACCAGUUGUGGAAAGCCAGUCCGAAAUCUGCUCAAACGCCUCUAGCAGACAUCCGAGCUGGGGGAUUUCCAUGGUGGUAUAACUGGCUAGAGAGGCAGUUGCCUACUCCAUCUAAUCCUCCUCAAACCACUAAUGUCAUGAAAACCUUUCAGCUCACUCCUCCAAGACCAAAUUCAGAGGUGCGACCGCCAUCUAGUAGUGCCCAGAAGCAGCAGCAGCGAAAUUUUGCAUUUGAAACCAUGGAUACCCCAACACCAAGAUCAACAAGAUCAACCAUAUAUCCUGCUUCAAAACCAAUGCGAACACCACCAUCGGGCAGAACUCCACUGGCGGCUCACACAUCAAAGUAUUCUAGACCAAGAGCCAGUGUUGGAGCUGGAUCACCAUUCGACCUCCCACUAAAGGAUGAUGACAGUCUCACAAGCUGCCCACCAUUCUCAGUUCCUAACUACAUGAAUUCAACAGCUUCAGCGAAGGCGAAAGCGAGAGCUAGCAGUAAUCCAAAGGAGAGGUUUAUGGCAACUCCAAGCAGCGAGUCAAAAAGAAGGCUUUCUUUCCCACUGACACAAGGCAUUGGAUCAUUCAAGUGGAACAAAGGCUCAUUUUUCUCAAAUAAGGAUAAUGGUUCAUCAAGGGCAUUAGAGCAGCACCAGAACCAGCACCAGUCUGUGCAUUCUGUAGGGAAUAUGAGUGUGGAUUCAUCUGUUUCUUUGCCAGCUGCCGUUGGAAGGAAACCAUUUAACCGAUUUGUGUGAUUUCUUUUCCUAUAUUUUUAACCUUCUUUCCCUGUGUUUUUUCAAUCUUUGCAUGGAGUGUAUGAUGAUAGUUUGAGUCUUAAAAAAAUAGUGUUGUAAAAUAAUAAGGAAAAAAAUUUAGGAAUAUGAUGGUUUGAGUAAUUGGAUGUAACAGAUUGUUUCCUUUUUUUGGAAAAAUAUCAUGACAACUAUUCUUUUUGGUUUGUUUAAAUAAAGACUUGCUCUCUCUCUCCCUC